UUUUCGGUGGAAGCCAGUGCUGUUUUGUGACGACUUGAAAAUGGCGGCGAGUGGCAGACCACAUUAACUUUAUCGGAUAAUACCACCAACGACAGCGAUUUAAAACGAGAAUACUCGUGUAUGAGAAUAAACUCUGUGGGUGAACCCGAAACGUGAUCUCGCAGGUCUCAAGGGCAACGACUGAGCUACCUCUUCGUCGGACUUGUUCAACCGAAACGACGGAAAGUUCUUCCUAAAAUAAUAGCUGCCGUUGGAUUUUAAACUUGGACGUUCCGUGCUCGUGAAAGCCAGCUAGCCAGCAAAAUAGUUCGUUAUUUGGCAGGCGAGGUGUAAGACAACUUCUCUCACUCCAGUAUCAGCAACAACGACAAUCACAAGGGACACCAGUAGACUGUGGGUUAGCUAAUAAACAUCACAGCUACAAUUCGUGUAAGCGGGCUGUAGCCGUACACCCUUCCCGUGUUGCUAGCUUCACUAGCUAGCUAGGUUAAUCCAGCUGGCUAACACGCUAACGACGCUAAAAACCAGCGAGCUGCUUCGUUCUCUCGACAUCGUUUUUGUGUGGGUUUUGCGAUGCUUCCUUUCAGUGCGGGAUAGCUAGCUAGCUUGUUAGCUAAAGUAGCUAGCUGGCGAGCUAAUUUAGAGACAAUUCAGUGUAUACAGUUAUAUAAUACAGAAUUUAUAUUUUUAUAGAUUUUCGUUAUUUUUUAUAACCGAUAUUUUUUAUUUUGAGGUGGUUGGUAUGUUUAGUUUAGCGACUUCUAUGGCAGGGUUCAUUUCAGCUAACUUAGCUAGCCAGCCUACGUGCUAAAGGGGCAUUUUCAGCCACGCUUUUAAUUUGUUUGCUAUUUCAUGCUAUGUUUCUUUUCAACCACAUAUAGCUAUAGAGAACGUACGUGGAUAAUAACGGCAGUAAAUACUGGAUAAUUUGAACAGCGAUUCGCCGUAGGGAGCGAAUCACGCUUAUCAAGCUAAGUUACGUUCCAAAUUACGUUGAUCAUGGAAGACGCCCGUCCUCGAUACAGCAAGCGAUUGGGUGUGGAAUCGAAUCUUGAUGGUGUGCUAAUGGACUGUACCAUGGACCAAGGAGGGAGGGUGCCAAUCAUCACACGAAAUGUGCAGCGGUCGGGCACGCGACGGCGCUACCAGGACGAUGGCAUUUCGGAUGACGAAAUUGAGGGGAAGAGGACCUUCGACCUGGAAGAGAAACUGACGAGUAGCAGGUUCAGCUCUGACCGGGUCAAGCGCAUGGAGGGGAAAGACUUCACGUUUGAGUACAUCCAGAGGGGGGGGCUCAGAGACCCCAUCAUCUUUGAGAAGCCAGACGGACUGGGCAUCAAGAUGCCAGACCCAGACUUCAGUGUGAACGAUGUCAAGGUGUUUGUAGGCAGUCGGAGGGUGAUAGAUGUGAUGGAUGUCACCACUCAGAAGGGGAUAGAGAUGUCAAUGGCGCAGUGGAGGCGGUACUAUGAGACUCCGCCCGCCCAGCGGGAGAAGCUCUACAACGUCAUUAGCCUGGAGUUCAGCCACACCAAACUGGAGAACCUGGUCAAGAGGCCUGCAUCGGUAGAUAUUAUCGAUUGGGUGGACAACAUGUGGCCACGACACCUGAAGGAGCGUCAGAGAGACUCUACCAAUGCCAUCAUCGAUAUGCAGUACCCCAAAGUACAGAAGUACUGUUUGAUGAGCGUGCAGGGCUGCUACACAGACUUCCACGUUGAUUUUGGGGGCACUUCUGUCUGGUACCACAUUCUGCGGGGCGGCAAGGUGUUCUGGCUGAUCCCACCCACUCCACAGAACCUGGAGCUGUAUGAGAAUUGGGUGUUGUCAGGGAAACAAGGUGACAUCUUCCUUGGAGACAAGGCCACAGACUGUCAGAGGAUCGAGCUAAAGCAGGGCUACACCUUUAUGAUCCCCUCAGGGUGGAUCCAUGCCGUCUACACUCCGGUGGACACGCUGGUGUUUGGGGGGAACUUCCUGCACAGCUUCAACAUCCCCAUGCAGCUUCACAUCUCCAACAUUGAGGACCGAACACGGGUCCCAGCCAAAUUCCGCUACCCUUUUUACUACGAGAUGUGCUGGUACGUCCUGGAGCGCUACCUGUACAGCCUGACCAACACCUCCCACCUCACCCCCGAGUUCCAGAAGUACUCCCUGGGCAUCGGCUUGAAGCGAGAGCCCUCUUCCUGUCCAAGCAAAAAGCUGAAUGGGCAUAUCAAGGAUGAGGAUGAUGAGGAUGAUGGGGAUGAAGACGAAGAGGAGGAAGAAGAGGAUGAGGAAGAGGAGGAAGUGGAAGAAGCUGCCUCCCCUCCUGCUAAGCCAGGGGUCAAAGUUCACCUGACACCCUUUGAACUGGAGGGGCUGUGGAACCUUCUGGGGAAGCUGGAGUCUCUGCCGUCACACAAGAAGUGUGUCCCAGCAGGCAUCCACAAUGCACCAGCCCUACUGCACGACAUACGGACAAUGCUGCAGGAGCAUGCCAAUGACAACCCUAAACUGUCCUACACUGGAAUACCCAUCAUCAAGUGGCCAAAAAGGCCCUCGUGGUACCAGCCCCCUCCGCCCCCCCCUCCGGUGGGCAGGCCCCGCCUCUCGAACACUGUGGUGGUGCCGCGGCCGGUGAAGCCGCCGUCCUCCAUGUCGGUGCUGCGGCGGCGGCGCGUGCGCUGCAAGCGCUGUGAGGCCUGUCUGCGCACAGAGUGCGGCGACUGCAACUUCUGCAGGGACAUGAAGAAGUUCGGAGGCCCCGGGAAACUCAAACAGACCUGCGUCCUGAGACAGUGCCUCGCUCCGGGUCUGCCGCUCUCAGCAGCCUGUGAGGUGUGUGGGGAGGGGAACCCGGAGCCGGGGGAGGCCACAACGUUCUCCCACACGCUCAUGGAGUGCUCCAACUGCGCACAGAUCGCCCACCCCGGCUGCCUGAAGGUGCCUGGGGAGGGCGUGGUCAAUAAGGACCUGCCCAGCUGCUGGGAGUGUCCCAAGUGUGUCCUGGGGAAAGAGUCCGAAUCUGAGUCUUCGGGGAGUGAUGAUGACAGCGUGGCGUCAGCCAGUUCCCUGUCACCGCCGGCCCCACCCUCGGAGAAGCACUCCCACAGGGAGGGGGUAGGGGGCAGGGAGGGGGAUGAGGGAGGAGGAGGAGGUGGGGGCAGGGGGAGGGGGCGGCGUGGCAGGGGCGCAGGACGGCCCCUCUCCUCUCUCUCGUCGGCGGUACUGCAGAACAGGAAGCGGGCGGGGGCCCUGGAGCUGCGGCUCAGGAAGAGGAUAAAAUUGGAACGGAACAAGAUUUUACAUUCAAAGAGGAAGGCCUCUUCUCUGGAUGGCCGCUCUGCCAAGCUCCACUGUCGCCGUGGACACAGCCGAGACGACGACGACGACGACGACUCGGCCAGUGAGGAAGAGGAGGGUGAAGGGAGGAGCCAUGGGGGCGCGCGGAGGCUGUCCCUACACCCGCGGGGUAGCCACGGGCAGCGCAUGCGCCACCCGCGAGGGGCGGGGCCUGGGAGGCGGGGCCUGUGGAGAGGCUCCGCCCAUCGCGUGGGCCGAGGGGGCGGGCUGAGCUCAAACUCCGCCCUGAGAAUGAGGCGGGGCAUGGGGGCGAGGGGGGAGAGGGGGGGCCGGGUGCGGCUGAGGGGCGGGGGCAGGAUGCAGCGACGCAGGGAGGAAACGGACGACGAUGAUGAUGACGACGAUGAAGAUGAUGACGAUGAGGAUGAAGAUGAGGAGAGUGAGGAUGGCCAGCGCAGGGAGGGCCGCGUGCACCGGCGGAGGGGCAGAGCCGAAGACGACGACGAUGACGAGGAUGAUGAAGAGGACAGUGACGAGCGGGACCUGGAUGCGGGGGAGGAGGAGCUGGAGGAGAUGACGGAGGACGGAGACGGGGAGGAGAACCAGUCGGACUCAGACCCGGACCCCCCGGUGCUGCUGGUGUCGGACCUGAGCGACGACCUGCUGAACGGGUCCUACCUGACGGUGACGCUGCAGCGUCCCCCGAAGGCCAAGCGGGACCCCGGCUCCAUCGUGCCCAAGCUGGAGGCGGCAGUGUCGGCGCGUGCCCCCCAGGCCCAGGGCUACGUGCAGCGCAAGUCCCUCCAGCGCCCCCGCCACAAGAACGGCAGCGCUGGCAACGGGCUGGCCCAGGCCCGCUCUGCACGGCCCCACCCCCGCCCCCACGCCUCCCCCUCGCCCUCCUCCUCCCAGUCCUCCGUCUCGCCCACGCCCCCGCCGCCCGCCUCCUCCUGCUCCCCACCCUGGCUCCUCUCCCUGCCCUCCUUUCGGGACGUGGGGAACGAGCCGGGCUGUGAAAAGGAGGUGUGGGUGUCGGUGUUCCGCUACCUGACCCGGGCCGAGCUCUGCGUCUGUAUGACCGUGUGCAAGAGCUGGUACAAGUGGAGCUGUGAUAAGCGUCUGUGGACGCGGAUCGAUCUGAGUCGCUGCCGGUCGGUCAGCCCCCAGGCCCUGUCAGGGAUCAUCAAGCGUCAGCCCGUCACCCUGGACCUGUCCUGGACCUCCAUCUCCAAGAAACAGCUCACCUGGCUCAUCAACCGUCUCCCAGGCCUGAAGGACCUGAUAGUUUCGGGGUGCUCCUGGUCCUCCAUCUCGGCUCUCAGUUCCCCCAGCUGUCCCCUCCUGCGCACCCUGGACCUGCGCUGGGCCGAGGGGGUGAAGGACAGCCAGAUCCGGGACCUCAUCACCCCUCCAGGCUGUGAUAACCGCAGUAAGCUGCGGAACAUGCAGUCGUUCCGGCUGGCAGGUUUGGAGAUCAGCGACUCCACGCUGCGGCUGAUCAUUAGGCACAUGCCCCUGCUGGCACGGCUGGACCUGGCGCACUGCCGCGGCAUCACCGACCAGUCCGUCAACCUGCUGACCGCCGUGGGCUCCUCCACCCGCAACACACUCACUGAGAUCAACCUGGCCGGCUGCAAUAAGCUGACAGACGGCUGCCUGCUCUUCCUGAAGCGCGUGUCGAGUCUGACGCUGCUGGACCUGCGGGGCUGUAAGGGCGUGACGCGGCGGGCCUGCGAGAGCUUCAUCUCCGAGCUGUCCAUCAACGCCCUCUUCUGCCUGUCCGAGGACAAGCUGGUCCAGAGAAUAUCCUAGAGAAGCGCCUGCCUGGUUCGCCCAGCAGGGGGCGCACUGCAGAAUGACUCUGGGGGAGGGGGAGGAGCCUCCGGCUCAGGCACAGGGUCUCUGUGUCAGGUGUUACUCAGUGCCAGCGCUUUCAGAAACGAGAGAGGGAGGAGGGAGGGAGGGAGGGAGAGGGCCAACCUGUGCAGAAACGGUGCCAAGGGCAGGGCGUGGAAGCAGAUGAUGUGGAGAACACAUGAAUAAACUGAUAAAUAAAAACACAGGAAGAGGAGAGGAGCUAAUUCUGCGGGAGAGAAGAAAGGAAGAUUGGGCUGGUGAUGGGAGACGGAGGGAGGAGAGGAGAGGUGAAAGAGGGGAGGAGGAGGGGGCACUGAAAGGGUGAGCAGGUGACCCGUAGUCCAUGCGUUUCUCUCCGUCUCUGUGUGGGUCCUCUCUGGUCUCUGUGUGGGUCCUCUCUGGUCUGUUAAACUGUACUGUCCCUUGCCCUCCUCACCGUCCUAUUUCUCCUUCCUUUGAUGCAGGAAUCGCUUGGUUUGUCAUAGAGUUUCUUUUACUACUUUCUCUAAAGAGUAACUUAUCUUCCUCUUCACCCCCCAAAAUGGAGCCUGCCUUUUUACCCCCCUUUGUUCUUUUUGUCUCUGUCCCAUAAUCUCAAAAAGGAGUAACAUACUUUUCUGUAAAUUUGUUUCUCUCGCCCAUCUAUACAGUGACAGACCUGUAGCAUUUACAGUAAUUAUUUUCUGAACGUUUUUUUGUUUUCUGUUUUUUGUCAUUUGUGUUUUUCCAAGAAAAGAGAAAAUACAAUUAAAAAAAUCUCUUAAAAUUGAAA